AUGGACUAUGACUGUGUCAUACUGGCACUUGUGGUUGAAAGAUGUAAGUGCUUGCGUGAUGUGGCAGAUAAUGGUUACAGACAGCGCAGUGUGAUCUUCUCCGUGUUUAGCCUGAAUGUAUCCAACUUUCACAACGGAGACCCAUUUUAUUUGCAGAGUGCAAUUCCAAAUUUCUCGAGAAGUACAAAAAUAAUACUGGCAAUUAACAUUUCACUCAUGGCUUCCAUUACUUUCUUUGGAAAUGGAUUGGUUAUUUUGGCAUUCCUCCUGGAAAAGAAACUUAGAAAACCAAGAAAUUAUUUCCUGCUUAAUCUGUCUAUCUGUGACUUUUUUGUGGGUGCCUUUUCUAUCCCUUUGUACACUCCAUAUUUACUGUCUGGAAAGUGGUCAUUUGGAAAAGAACUUUGUAAAAUAUGGCUAUUAAUAGAUGCUGUCCUCUGCUUCACUUCAGAAUAUAGCAUAGUCCUUAUCAGCUAUGAUCGUUUUCUCAGUAUCACUCAAGUGGUUAAAUACCAGCUGCAAAGAGGAACCAGACAUGUGUUUAUUAAGAUGGCAGCUGUGUGGGCAAUAUCAUUCUUCAUGAGCAUCCUAGUCACGAUGGUUGGGGACUACCUAGUUGGUGCUGUUCAUCCCCCACAGGAGCAAUGCUAUAUGUCUGCAGUCAUAUGGAGCUUAGAUAUUGCAACACAGGUUUGUACAUUUAUUUUGCCAUUUACUUGCACCACUUAUUUCAGCUUUAAAAUCUACUGGAACCUAAGAAGGCGUAGUAAACAAAAGCAUGUGAACACAAAAAGGCCCUGUGACUUAGAGCGCAAGAAAGAAAAAGCAUUCUCAGGUGAUGUCUCUUGUGAAUCAAAUGUUGCACACGCCUUACCUGCCAAAGGAACAUCAGCAUCACCACCACCAUCAUCCUCAUCAUCAACACUACCACCACAGCUUACGGUAACAAUGAACAACUCAAGGAGAAGUGAAAACCAAAGUCAGAAUCCUUUAUACAACAAAGGUCAUUUAAUCCACAGACUAUUUAAUAACACUAAAAUUCAUGUUCCCUCAUGUGGAAAGCACAGCAGAACAAGUAGUCAUAGUACUGCAAACUCUUUCAAACUGUCAAAGGAUAAAAAAAUUGCAAAAUCACUUGCCAUUAUUGUGUCUGCUUAUGGGAUGUGUUGGGCACCAUACAGAAUAUUAAUGAGUUGCCAUACAUUUGAUACAGCACAAGUAAUCAGUCCUGUCUUCUAUGAAAUUGCCAACUGGCUGCUGUGGUUUAAUUCUUGCCUUAACCCUGUGCUCUAUCCAUUCUGUCACAGCAGUUUUAAAAGAGCUAUUUUGAAAAGUGUUUGCUUAAAAAGACACUAAAGGGUAAACCACCAGAAUGUAUCCCAGAAAAAGCUUUUAUUAAAAAAAAAUAACAUUGAUGUUGUUUUAAAAUGAGGAAAACAUUAUCUGAUCUGUUUGUAGAGCUAAAUAUGGUGAUGUUCAGUUUCUACUGAGGAAUUGUUACAUACAGAAUUAUUUGGUAAACAUUAAAAUGUUGAAAGCCAGUUGCAAAAUAUUUUUCGUUACUUAAAGUUUUUCUUUCUUUUAAUUUCCAUUUAAUCAACCCAAUCUAGAAAAAUAAACUGGUAAUGUCUUA